GGACACCUUGUUGAGCCAGACUUCCGGCAUCUGGCUCGCUGUCUGUAUGGCUGAAAACGUUUUGUGCCGCUCCUCAUUUGCUUGAAAGACUGAUGCCCGACCAAGGCCAUGUCGAGGAAAGUCUAGAGGCUUCAGCCGGUGUAUCUGCACCUUUGGAUGGCGUCCUCAAUUAGAACACGAUGGCGGCCACCAAAGAACUGAGCACCUACAAGAGCUGCCUGCCUUUGCACUCGUAACGAGGCAUUGGUACUCCAGUCUAUAUCGUCGCUACGAUGGAUUCUCCCACCAAAGAUGCCAUCUCACAGGUUGAUUCGAAAGAGAUUCCCUCACGCAGGCCUCGACCUGGGCCAAUAUCAUGGGCCAGCCAGACUUCACGACCAACCUCUAUGACGAGUCCAGCACUGACAACCCCUCGUUCACCCGGCUCACCAUUGAUGGGGGACAAGUUCGAGGGAAUGUGGCGACCGUUGUCGGGUUCUUAUAAUGGCAAAUUGCCCACCGUCGACGAGAAAUACGCCGGCUUAAGCAUUGAGGACGAUAGUUCGAAUCGUCCGAGCGAUGAAAACGCCAAACGACAUUCACAUUUCAUCCAACAAUUUCCAUCCGAGCCCGAGAAGCUGUCUGUGCUACCACCUUUCGAUAUACUUCUCGGCGAUAUUGCAUUGGCCCUCUUACCAUUAGUCUUCAUCAUCUAUGGCAUUCUAGCUGGGCUACUCCACAACCGACCUACCACAUCCUUUUAUUUUGGAGACGGCACAUACAAUUGGUCAGGUCAGUUAUACGGACCAGCGAUGCUGAAAGUGCAGAAUUACAUGCCUACUUUCUUUCCAAUGGCGUUUGGAAUCGAAGUCGCUCGAUUGACCAAAUCAUUUGCGACGUGGCGUGCUCAGCGAGGUACACAUCUAGGAUUCUUGGAACAACUCUUGAGGAGCAGUUCUCUUGGUGGAACAAUCUCAUGCAUCUUUGACCUGAGGAUCGUCAACUUGGUGGGCAUACUCCUCCUUACAAUCUGGGCUCUCGCUCCUAUUGCGUCUCAGGCGGGUCUCAGAAUCAUCAGCGCCAACGGCACAUAUGUGAACACUACACUUCUCAACUACAUGGACACUGAUGCCAUUCCGACCGGUCUGCAAGCGGAAAGCAGUGACCUUCAGUACUACAGCUAUGCUGUCAAUUCUUUGUACAGCACGUCACUGCUGACCCCGGCAUCCGUUGUCGCACCUCAAGAUCCGUGGACCAACGUCAAGAUCCCCUCCCUCGAGUAUCUCGAGGAGACGAAGGGCUGUGGAUCAGACGGAUGGUGCUCCCGUGAUAUCGCCACGAAGAACAAUGGCGCAAACACGUCCUCGGUCACAGCAGGAACCUGGAGCUCUUUGACAGGCCUUCCUGUCAUUGGAGGUGAAUUUGGUGUCGGUAUCCAGGACUUUACCCUUUCGGUUUCUUACUACGUCUUCAAAUGCUCCAGUCUGGAUGUCGUGGCUUCUGACACCGACUUCAACUCUACCAUCCCAGAUCGUGGAAUUUAUGACACAAGCGACAAUUCUAGCAUAUGGGACAGUGGGAACUCGAAUCAUCCUAGCACAUUCUUCGUGGAUACGACGACUCCCUUGGCUGGCCUCGGAGAUGCCGACGGCGACGCUCGCUUACAAGGCGCCGACAUGUCCCCUCGAACACUGAUCUUUGGCUCUCGGGCCCCUGACGGCACCACUAUUGCGAAUUGCUCAGUAUACACCUCGUACGUGCUUGCUGAAGUGAAUUGCAACUUCAGCGCCCCUCUCUGGAACAUCGACAAGACCAUGUCUGGAAAGACCUCUUCAGGAGCCUGCUACGUUGACAGAGUCAAACGGGAUCCGGCUCAUCCACUUCUCGAUCCAUACACCGCCUUGGAUGCAAACUAUCGAAUCCCGCAACGUUUCUUCGAGCAAUGGCCUCUUGCCACGGGAAAUGUCCCAGAAGGCUCCUCUUCCCCAACUGAACGCUUCAUCAAUGAUGUGAGCACCGAGUCGGCAUCAUCUAGCACCAACUCUAUCCUUGUCGCGACUGAUUGGUUGGGGUUCAAUUCCACGGAUACCGACAACGAUGGUGGCAUCACGUACGUCGACAUCGCGGAAUUGGAUAUUGAGACUUUCACCCAGCGGUUCUCUCUUGUGUUCAAUACGUUCUGGCACGCCUUCUGCAACUUGCAGGCUAUGACUCAGUCGGAGAUCGGGCUGGGAUUCGGCGAUACCUUCCCUACCAACGUCAUGUUCCGCAAUGUGAAUGCCACAGUGUCCGUGCCUGGGCAACAUUACGAGGUGAACUUUGUCUGGCUCGGCAUCUACAUGGCCUGUGCUGUUUUGUCGUUUGUGGCCGGCUUGUUCACACUGGUCUUCAACUACAAUACUCUGAUGCCUGACGUUUUGGGCAGUGUGAGCGUGAUGGUGAAGGACAACCCGUACACGCCGCUCCCCAAGGGCGGAUCAGCGAUGAAGGGGCCCAUAUUUGCCCGGAAAGUCAUGCAUAUGCCUGUCAGGUUUGCGGAUGUCAAAGCCAAAGAGGCUGUGGGACACAUUGCGCUGGUAAGUAUGGAUGUCGAGAACCCUGAGGUGCCCGUCGAGCCGUUGAAGAAGGGGAGACUGUAUCUUUAAUGGUGGAAGAUAUGUUUUGAACGAUGACGUGAUGACUUUCUUUCGGACGAAACUAUCUAUUUUCGUAUGAUCAACUUAACUUAGCCUGACCAAUGCAUUCAUAACUCGGUGUUCCAUACUGUGUUUCUGUGAACGGGAGAUGUUUGAGAUGGCGGGAAUGUCUGGGGUAUGCUCCUUUGGUCGUUACUAGCUUGACUUGGGGCUAACCCAGUGGCGGUGACUAAGGCUCCCCGGACUUCAAUUCUGUGUGAAUCAGUUACUAUCACCAUUCACCAUUCACCAUUUUCUCCAUCCU